CUUGAUCGCCAACCUUUGCUCCGCCUCCAUGUUUUUUCAUAUGUACUGACUGAAAGAAUUCAUCUCCAGCUUUUGUCUAGGACCUCUGCAGCGUACGCGAUGGUCAAUAUGACAAGCUCACAUACUAUGCAAUAUAUCGGACUUUUACUGUUGGCAGCGAUUCUUUUGCAAACAAUUGCAGUCGCAGUGACAUUCAUAUACUUCAGCAACGUCCUGACGACGAUGAAAGAAACCUUCUCCAAAAGCAGCGUAUCAUGCCUGAUGCGCGCCAACCUCAGAACUAUCAAGGGUAUCGAUCCAAGCGCAUCAGACCUGAAAGACGACCCCUGCUGGCAAGUUACGCAACAGCUGCACUUCUUAAUCGAGAAGUCAAUGUCAAACCGUUACCAGAAGGAGAUCACCUCAGCAAUUAAAGAUGAGGUGAACCGUAUGCUGCCUUCUCUGGUAAUCCAAGACCAGGAGACCGCUCCCCGGCCCAAGAUUGCAGCUCACGUCACUGGCAGUUUGCCUCCAGAGACAGACAAAGAUUUAAGAGGUCCUUCUAACAGGAAGGUCCAUGGCCAGAAGAUCCAGUCCUGGGAGUCAGAGAAAGGUUUGGCCUUCCUCCAGAAUGUGCAGCUCAGUGACGGCGAGCUCGUAGUGCCACAGGCUGGUCUCUAUUACAUCUACUCCCAGACCUACUUCAGGCACAUGGCCUCCCUGGAGGAGGAGGAGGACGAAGAGGAGGCAGGGGAGAACUCCGGGAGCUCUGUCCGGGGCAAGCCCAUGCUUCAGUACGUCUACAAGAAGAUGGGCUCCUACCCUGUGCCCAUCUUGCUCAUGAAGAAUGCACGGACCACCUGCUGGUCCCGAGACGCAGAGUACGGCCUGUACUCCAUCUACCAGGCCGGGCUCUUUCAGCUCGGAGCUGGGGAUAGGGUGUUCGUCACGGUCAGCAACGUGAGCACGAUUGACAUGGAUGAGAAGUCGAGUUUCUUUGGGGCCUUCCUGGUCAGCUAGUGUAAUGUUGGCUGUGCAACGUCUAAGACUCUGCCUUUGCUUUGAGCUUCACUGGGAUGAGCCAGCUGGUUGGCACAGGUUGUCGAUUGUCUAGCCCUAAAAUGUGAUGGACACACUGGUGCCAUUCUGUGUGGCUGUAGGCUUAUGGAUCAGAUGUAAAUGUGUGUUGAACUACAGUCCCAGAUGAAGCACUGCAAAUAGAGUGGUGAUUGUAAGCACUUAGAGGUGAGUCACACUCCUCCACUCCACACCAGUGAGUCCUCUGGUAGUUUGGAAGACCUUCUUUGGGAGCUGAACCAGAGAGGGGAGAUGAACUUUGGGUGCAACUCGUAUAUCACCCCUUCCUUGAGACACUGUGGAAUUGUCUGAGCUUGCCGAGAAGUUGUGGAAACAGGCUUGCCACAGAAGGGCUGAGGUGGUUGCCUCUCCCCACCGGAGAUGACAGGGGGUGGGGCAGGCGAGAGAUCAUAGGCUCUGCCCUCUGUUGUUCUGGAGAAGAACGGGUCACGAUGAUGUGAUGGCAGAACAGGAAAGUCAGACAUCAGCUCAUUUUCCAGGAGUGUUUCCUCUCCUGUCUGCCUUUUGUCCCAAGAGCAGAGAAUUUAUAUGUAGCAAUGAUUAAAGACUUUUUGUAUGAAUGCAAAAUGCAGUGGCAGUACAAAAAGUAUUAGUUUGCUGCACUUUUUUAAAGUUGAGGAAUAAAAUGUGAAUUUGUACCUAUUUCUCUGCUCAUAAUGUGUAAACCAGUAUGUACUUUUUUUUAAAAUCAUGGACUCUGAUAUGUCUUGUUUAUAUUUUGUUUUGAGGCCUUUGAUUCUGAGGAAUUCAUAUUCUGAUGUAAGAUAUUAGAAGGGAAAUGUUAGUUCACUAUUCAAGCAUCAUCCUACCUAUCUCUAUCUCAGUAAAGGAAAUCUAAUAAGCCUGAAUGUUUGUAAGGGUGCAAAUACUGUGAGAUCUUCGUCCCUGUUAAUUAUGUGGAAUAAAAAUAUUUUUCUAUGAAAACCCUUUUGGUUUGGUUUCAAUCGAUUGUUUAGAUACAUUUCUUUCCUUUUAUAUCUCAGUCCAACAAUAACUGUAGUUUGUUAUCAGUAAGGAAUAGCUUGGGGGACAUGGAUGGUGUUAUUGUCCUUUCACAAAUGUGAAUAUACACACAUAAUUGUUAAUGUUGUCAAAACACGUUGAAUAAAGUUUGGACUUAAAUAA